AUGGACAUUGAGGAUGAAGCACCUGACCUCCUUAUUCCCGAUGUGCCCGCGAACAACAUGUCCCAAGUCCCACUUACCAUUAUCACCGGGUUUCUUGGCGCUGGGAAAACUAGUCUUCUUCAAUACAUCUUGAACGCCAAUCAUGGGUACAGAAUAGCCGUCAUCAUGAAUGAGUUCACAGACAGCGCGGAUAUUGAAGGUAGGGCGAUUAAUGUGAAGGGCCCGGACGACCCGCCAGAUGCGCCGCUUUCGGAGGAGGUACUAGAGCUUGCGAAUGGCUGUCUUUGCUGCUCCAUCAGGGACAGCGGCGUGGCCGCGAUCGAAAAACUCAUGCAUAAACGGGGCCGUUUUGAUUAUAUUAUUCUGGAGACGACCGGUCUCGCCGAUCCAGGGCCCAUUGCAAGCAUGUUCUGGGAGAAUGAGUCGAUGAGCGAAGCCCUAUAUCUCGACGGAGUGGUGUGUGUCGUUGACGCCCUGUACGGGAUGGAGGUUAUUGAGGGGCCGGAUCGUAUCGUGGCUAUAGGGGCGAGUCAAGUUGCCACCGCCGACGUUAUACUCCUAAACAAAGUGGACUUAGCUUCGAAUUCGGCCACUUCUCCUUCACUUGAGUCGACCGACGCUGCUAUUCGGAAGCUGAAUCCAUCGGCUCCGAUCUACCGAACAGUGAGGGGUAUCCUCGAUGGCCUCAGGCUUAUCAUAGGAUUAAACGCUUAUUCCUCGAAUCCGUUCCGGAAUCCUGCUUCCAUUGCCACCGUACAGGAUGAACUUGAUCAUGAGCAUUCCUGUGUAAUUAACCACAGUCAUGACGAGAUUGGGGGGAUCUCGUCCAUGGUCAUAUCAUUACCCAUACUCGACUCUGAUCAGGCUCAGUCCCUCGACCGUUGGCUCAGCAUAUUAUUAUGGGAAGGUCGCAUUCCUCGGGUAGUGUCGGAUCCGCUGCUCCCGGAGGACGCUAAAACGGAGAUUCUUCGAUGUAAAGGAAUCUUCAACACAAAGGAUAAGGAGACGUUCCUUGUUCAAGGUGUCCGCACGCUGUAUGAGAUUACGCGGCUUCCUGACAGGAAAGAAGGAAAUGACGAGGCAGCAGUGCCGGGCAGAUUGGCCUUGAUAGGACGGUUCUCGUCAGGUGCAGCCCGGGCCACCCCAGACUUCGUCGACGUGCGGACACUUGUCACCAGUAGCUUAAGUGCAGCAUUAAUGGAGCGACGGUGACCCAGUGGCAAAUGUCGCCAAAGAUAGGAUAUAAAUGAUGUGUAAUUAUUGAAGUAGAUACAUGAAUUCUCCCCUAGAGGCCUUGCACAGGGGUUCCAAGUUAUUCGCGAACAGGGACGAGGGAUUGCAUUAUACAUAGCCUGGAUCCAUGGUUAGGGCAAUGGUAGCUGAACCGCCAAAAAAUGUC